CUCGUAGAGUAUACGAAGCCUCGCUCGUGUCGCUUACUAUAAAUUUCAAUUCAGACUCUAUUCACAAUUUGCAAAUAUCGAGGAUGAAAAGAACUCGCAGGACAUAGGGUUCAAAUUGACGCGAAGCGAAAGGAUUAAGAACUUUGUUCGACCACGCGUUAAGCUUUCUCCGUUUUUGAACGCAUUUUGCAUUCCCGUUCUUUUACGCGAACCGCUUCUAUUCCUAGCAAAAUUUCAUCGAAAGAAACAUUUGUGGGCGUUGCACGGCCUAUUUUCUUUGCUCGUUUUUCCUCGAUCCAGAUAACGAGAAUCGAUAAAACGCGUCGAAAGUAGAUAGCUUGGGAUCAAUUAUUCUUUUAUCUCUGUCGACGUUGCGUUAACGUUACGCGGUCCUAUAUCGAACCUAACUGGUAAUUUUCUACUCUGAUGCAUCCUUUUCGCGCAAUAAUUGUGAACUAAUUAAUUGAGCCGACUAAUCGCAGUCCGAUUCGAUUCGUCCGAAACGAAAAUCGUCGCGACGGCUGAAUCGCCUAUCGAUCGAUAAUAGAUUACUCGCGCGUAAAUGCUCCGACUCGUUGAACAAAUUGCAGAUCUCGCUUCUUUCGUUUUUGCGUUGCUCGAAUUAUGUACGUUAUCACAUUCACGCGAAAUAACGUGUGUACGAUUGUUGGUCACCGCGUAUCUCGUUUGCGGUCUCCCUCCAACUUCCGUCCGGGGACGCGAAUUUCCACGACAGGAUGUCCCUAUAUUCGUUCUUCCUAUGUCGCGGUCUAAACAAGCGGAACGAAUCGCUAUUUCUCUCUCCGUCCUCCUCUAUCUUUUUCUCUCUCGUGCGCGCGAAGCGAUUCGUUUUCUACAACGUUCACUUUUCUUGGCCCGCGUUUACGGUACUCGCGGUAAUUCGACACUCGCGUAUAAGUACAUGAUAGAAACACGGUCAUCUUCGUACCACGCCGCUUUUCAUAACUCGUUAGAUCCGGAAAAGAAAGCAUAUCCGUGUUGAGGAACAGUCGUACACCGAUCGUGGUUCGCGUACACGCAGAUGACGCGAUGACGUUGCAUUGGUGGAUGCACUGGUUCUGGGUUACCGCUCAAUUUCUCGCGAUCUUAGGGAACCCGGUACCGUCGAGCACCUCGGAGCCGCGUAACCGGGUGCAGGAUCGCCUGAGCUCCGAAUCGACGCCGGAAAUCAGCUCCGUUGACACGGACAGUCCCGAACCGAGACAGAACUUUCGCGUGGCAAAGGCGAUCGGUCUUCAUCCUCCCACGAAUACGGCCGUCAUCUUCGACAGACAGUCCAGCACGAUUUCGGCCGGCAUGGAAGGAUCCAGCCUAGUCGAAACCAGCACCGAACUCGUCGAAGAGUAUCAUGGGAACACCAGCAACGCGGUGAAUCUCGACGCGAUCAGAGUUUUAACGGCGGAACGCGCGACGGAGACCACGAACAGAGUUCUGCGUCCUGCGACGAAGAAAGACAGCAAGAUCACGUGGAUCCUGACGACGAACAAGGCAGGAGGUAGAUCCAAGUACGAGCAGGAAGAGAAAGUCGAGGAAAAUGGGAAUCGGAACGGCAGUAACGACCAGGUGGAGAAUCUCACGGUGCUACCUCUUCAGGAAGAGGUGUCGAGAAUCAGGCUGGUACUGAACAAAACGAAAUCCUCCUCCUCCUCCUCUUUAUCGUCGGCCGUCGGAAAUUCCGCUAUCAGGACGUUCAAUCGCUCCGACGACGUCGAAAUCGACGAGGAACUCGUCGAACCACAACUAUUCGCUACCGCUGCAUCCAUUUUAGAAGUUGGAGUAAGCGAGUCGACUCGAUUGAGCAGAGCGAGAAGCGCCUUCCCGAAGGACUUUCAAAGGGAUCAGGUACAGGAAGAUCAACUUACCGAUUACAAUGACAGCAGUAGCCAAGGCUCGAGGCAAGAGGGUGGUUCGUCGAGAUCCACCGUGGACAUUGCCGCUAUUACCGGCAGCUGCUUAGCGACCGUAGUUCUACUCAGCACGAUGGGUAGCCUCGGAUUCAUUAUGUACAGGCGCAGGUACCUGAACCCACCGCAGACGCUGAACAGCGAUAAAUGCAGCAAUCCAGAUAGUUCCGGUUAUAUCGAUGAUUCCACUAUUCGCGAUAAUUCAGAGGAGAUGUACAGCCUGGAUAAUGACUCGUUCCUAAACUCGUUAGAAGCGAUGACAAUACAAAAUUACUGGACAGACAGUGUGAAGCACACGAAGCUAUGACAAAAGAGGAUAAUCCAAUCUGGAAAGAGAAUGGAAACGUUCAGUAUAGCCGACGGUGAAGCGCACGAACAAAUAUCGUUGUUGGAGCAGUAGUACUUACACGCCGUCUACCGGACAUUAUUUUCAACGGUGGAAAAAGAAAAGUGGAUUUUCUAACGUAGCCGUUUACGCGCGGUUUAUUUCCGUUAAGCGCUAUCGCUAAUCGCUAGCGAACCGCGUACAAAAAAUAAGCGAACAAAAAAUGUUUUAAACGUUUACGCAGACUUCUUAGGUAAUCUCCGUCGAUUUUGCGAUUUCUUCGAAAAACUGACGACGUGUCAAAAUUGUUUGGCGCGCGAAAUCCUUUUCAUAGAUAUCCCUGUUUCGCGUCGUACGCGUUUCGCGAAUGUCUCCUGUACGACGUGUAACGCGGGGUAUACCGCAUCGUGCGUAUCGCCAUCAAAUUUUCAUCAUUAAACUUGCAUCGUUCUCUAUAUUUUUCUACCGCUAAUACGAUUGGCAAAACGUCGGUUUAGAAAGGAAAGCGACUAAUCGCUUUUUGUCGGACUACAGUAAUCGGAUAGUGCAAUAACGUAUAUACUUUAUCGAUGCGAUAAUUAAUGUUACAUUUUUAGAACAGUAAGUACAAAUUAAUUAAAAACCAUUAAUUUUUAGCUAGACAUAUUAGAGGGUGCGAAAAGUAAUUUAAUAAAAGUGAAUUCCUACGAAUCGCCAGAGAAAUACUUCCGAACUAACGCGCACCGUGAAUUUCGAUUCGUAUAACGAACCAUACCUGUGUUUAUCUUUCUAAUUCGAAGUCGAGCUUGAACGUGUCACGGUCUUCGAACUUUCAAAAGAGAUUAAACACGGUUCUAAUAGAAUAAUAGAGAUCGAACUAAUAUCGCUUAGCAUACACGAUCAGCUUUAAAUAUUUUCGAAACAGGAUGAUCGGGCUAACAAAAAAGAUUGGACCAAAUACAAUACCGUAGUUUGUAGCUUUAUGCCUUUAUAACAUAUCCAGCAAAAAGACACGAGGAGAUUUCAUUCGUCUUUUCCACUGCACUUAUAGCUUGUAUAUAUGUACAUGUACGUGUACUAUAACAAUAAUUACAAGUAUAUCUAUUAUGUAUAGACGUGCGAACUCCGUGGUGAUUUCUCGCCAUCUUCCAAAUACGAUUUAUGUUUCUGUAGAAGUUAGCACUUGUUUGUUCAAAUAUAUUUCUAUACGAGCCUCGCGCAGAAGAGGAAGAAAAUUUAUUGUGAUAGAUUAUAGCGUUUAAUAAAUGUAAAAUUAUCACUGAUUCCUUUUAUAGUAAUGGUUGUGAAUAAAUCCACUCGCAUAUUA